UAGUACACAAAUCAUAUGCUACUUUGCAUGUGUAUAUUAAUCUCUCUGACCAAUCCACACACAUAAGACAUGCAUGCAGACAAGGCCCACAGAUUGCAAAUCACACAAAUAACCACGUCAUCUCUCUUGUCAUCAGCGUUUACAAUUCGUCACCACAGACGUCACUUUUCUCUCCCCAAUCCACAUUGUCUCCCUCUCACAUGUAUAUUAUCUUCAUACCCAAACAAUUUCACUUCAUUCAUCUAAGCCCACACACAAACGCCCAAUACUGUCUUCAGCCGAAAGAAAAAAAAUAAAAAACCCCCAAUAUUGUCCCAACAACUCCACUCUCUGCCGCGCGCCUCCACUACCGCAACGACCGCCAUGGUGCAACACCGGUUCCUCCUCGUCACAUUUCCGGCCCAAGGCCAUAUCAACCCUUCCCUCCAGUUCGCAAAGCAUCUCGUCCGCACUACUGGGGCACAUGUCACGUAUGUCACGAGCCUCUCUGCCCAUCGCCGCAUAGGGAACGGCUCAACUCCUCAUGGCUUGACCUAUUCGCUCUUCUCUGAUGGUUACGACAAUGGAUUCACAGUAGGCGAUGACGACGACCACUACAUGUCGGAGCUUAAGCGUCGCGGUGCACAAGCCAUCACCGACCUUAUUGUGUCUAGUGCAAAGGAGGGCCGCCCCUACACUUGCCUAAUAUACACAAUACUUCUCCCUUGGGCCGCGGUGGCUGCGCGUGAGCUCCACCUCCCAUCCGUGCUCGUGUGGAUUCAGCCAGCCACUGUUUUCGACAUCUACUACUAUUAUUUUAGCGGUCGCAAAGACCUCAUUCGGAGCAGUACUAGUACUACUCAUACUAAUGGCGCUUUAUGUUCAAUAGAAUUACCAGGACUGCCACUAUCCCUCGCCAGCCGUGACCUUCCCUCUUUCAUGGUGGAUUCAAAUCCGUACGGUUUCGCGCUUCCCUUGUUUGAAGAGCAAUUUGAGCUGCUCGAGAGAGAAACCAAGCCCAUCAUUCUGGUGAACACGUUCGAUGCGCUGGAGCCAGAGGCCUUGAAAGCAAUUGACAAGUACAAUCUGAUUGGAAUCGGGCCAUUGGUUCCAUCUGCUUUCUUGGACGGCAAGGAUCCAUCCGACAAGUCAUUCCGCGGCGAUCAUUUCCAAAAAUCAGAGGACUCUUCGUACUAGAGAAAAAGAAGAAAGCAAUGGACAAGAUAAGGAGGUCAAGAAGGAGGAAGAGAAACUGAGCUGCAGAGAGGAGUUGGAAGAGCUUGGGAAGAUAGUGCCAUGGUGUAGCCAAGUGGAGGUUUUGUCAAGCCCUUCAUUGGGUUGUUUCGUGACACAUUGCGGGUGGAAUUCAAGCUUGGAGAGCCUGGUUUCCGGGGUGCCUGUGGUGGCGUUUCCUCAGUGGACGGACCAAGGGACCAAUGCCAAGUUGAUUGAGGACACGUGGAAGAUUGGAGUUAGGGUGACACCAAAUGAUGAGGGGAUUGUGGUAGGUGAGGAGCUCAAGAGGUGCUUAGAAUUGGUCAUGGGAAGUGGGGAGAUUGGUGAAGAGUUGAGAAGAAAUGCUAAGAAAUGGAAGGGUUUGGCAAGAGAGGCUGUGAGUGAAGGUGGCUCUUCUGAUAGGAAUCUAAAGGCUUUCUUGGAUCAGAUAGAAUGAGAAAAACAAAAUGAAGAAAAAAGACAAAAUUAUGGUAUGGCUAAGAUGGAAGGAUAUGGUUAAGAUGGAAGGAUAUGGUCUGAAAUUAAUGAAUGGUUGUGAAUGUUUUGUCUCUAGACUGUAAUUGUUUUGUCAUUGUCAAUGUAAACCCAACCGGUCGACUUUAGUAAAUUGUCUUGUCAGGUUGCA